AUGAAGACAGAAGGAGAACCCCGGCAGAAAAAAGUCAGGUUUCGAAUAUCUUCUGCAAAUAGUGGAAGGGUGCUGAAAGAAGUGUACACUGAUGGAGACCUGGUGGGUUUGCAAGUGUCUGAAUGUGCCCGCAUUUCUGAGACUGAGCAAGGCGGCAGUUACAGUGAAGUGAAUGGAUAUAACGAGCAGCAUUUCUCCCUGGAAAUUGAUGGCAGUGAAAGUGAAUGCGAUGACAUGCUUCUGUUAGCGAGCACCACAAAAGACAGAGGAAUCUAUAGAAAGAGAAUUAAUAUCUUGAGUAAAAAUGGUACAGUAAGAGGUGUCAAACACAAAGUCAGUGCUGGACAGGCACUUUUCAGUAACUUGUCAAAUGGUGCUGUUCAGCCACCACUAACACUAGAAUUUGGAAGAAUAGUAAUCUACACAACUAGCCUUCGUGUUGUGAGGGCAACGUUUGAUCGAUGUGAGUUAGUAAGGAAAAUUUUCCAAAAUCACAGAAUAAAGUUGGAAGAAAAAAACAUUGCUUUGAACAGUGACUAUGGAAAGGAGCUAGAAGAGCGUUGCAAGAGAGCAAAUGAAUCUCCUUCCUUACCUGUAGUGUUCAUCGAUGGCUAUUACUUGGGGGGUGCAGAGAAAAUAUUGUCAAUGAAUGAAUCAGGGGAGCUGCAAGAUCUCUUAACAAAGAUUGAGAAAGUCCAGCACCCACUGGAGUGUUCAGCAUGUGGAGGAUUUGCAUUUGUUCCGUGUUCAGUGUGCCAUGGGAGCAAGAUGUCUGUGUUUCGAAAUUGCUUCACUGAUUCCUUUAAAUGCCUCAAAUGUACCUCUUGCAAUGAAAAUGGAUUACAGCAUUGCAGGCUCUGUGUGAAGUCAAACUCCCAUCAUCAUGGAAAAUAA